CCGGCUUGCAGCCGGCCCGCCAAUGAGCGCGGGGCGUGUAGAGCGCAGCUCCGCCUCCCCCCGCGCCCAGACCGGGCUGCUCCUGCCGGGAAUGGAGCGGGGAGCAGCGGCCGGGCGAGGAGCCAACUUGCCUGCAGGAGCUCGGCGGCGCUGAGCGCUUCCAUGGAGCGGGCGAGGGCGCAGGAGACCCGCGCGACACCAGGUUUGCAACUCCUGGGUACAGCGAGAUCUUUGCUAUGACUGCAGCACAACCUGUCUCCACCCUUAGCCAGGACGCCACCGUAGAAGACACUCCUGGGGUCUCUUCUCUCCUCUACAUGCCAUCAGCCCAGGAGCAUCAUGGGGAGUGUCAGUAGCCUCAUCUCCGGCCACAGCUUCCACAGCAAGCACUGCCGGGCCUCCCAGUACAAGCUCCGCAAGUCGUCCCACCUGAAGAAGCUGAACAGGUAUUCAGAUGGGCUGCUGAGGUUUGGCUUCUCCCAGGACUCCAGCCACAACAAGUCCAGCUCCAAAGGCAACAAGAAUGAGGACUUCUUUUACAUCAAGGUCAGCCAGAAAGCCCACGGCUCCCACCGGACAGAUUACACGUCACUCUCCAGCGGGGACCUGGGCAGCCAGGCAGGGGCGACUGGCAUGGACUUUGGCACACCCACUCCCCAGAAACUGAUGCCAUUUUCCAAUCAGCUGGAACUGGGCCCAGAGAAGGGCGUUAUAAGGCCAACCGCCUUCAAGCCAGUGAUCCCCCGCUCAGGUGCGAUCCUCCACUCCUCUCCGGAAAAUGGCAGCCACAUCUCCCAGCAGCUGCACCCUCCAGACAAAGCGAAGGAUCAAGAACUCAAGCCCAUGUUGUGCUCUGGAGGUUUGUCGGACUCCGGCAGGAACUCAAUGUCCAGCCUCCCAACCCACAGCACUACCAGCAGCUACCAGCUGGAUCCCCUGGUCACCCCUAUGGGGCCCAUCAGCCGUUUCGGGGGCUCGGCCCACAACAUCACCCAGUGCACCAUCAUACAAGACAGCAACAUGAUGAGCCUCAAGGCGCUGUCCUUCUCUGACAGCGGCAACAAGAUCCUCAACCCUGGAAAAGCUGCUCACCACCACCACGAGAAAGCCUCCUGCAUUCGGUCUCCCAUCUCCACAGAUGAGUCCACCAUCCAGGAGCUGGAGCAGAAACUGCUGGAGAGGGAAGGGGAGCUGCAGGAACUGCAGUGCAGCUUCGAGGAGAAGGAGGCCACCUCCUGCCAGGCCUAUGAAGAAAAGCAGAGGCGCUGCAAGGAAGAGCUGGAGGGGCUGAAGCAGAAGUGCAACAACAAGCUCAAGCAAACCUCUCAGAAGAUGCAGCGGACGCAGCAGGUGCUGCACCUCCAAGUGUUCCAGUUGCAAAAAGAGAAGAAGCAGCUUCGUGAGGAGCUGGAGAAGCUCAUGAAGGAGCAAGACCUGCUGCAGACCAAGCUGAGGUCCUAUGAGAAAGAGAAGACCAGCUUUGCCCCAGCGCUGGAAGAAACUCAGUGGGAGGUGUGUCAGAAGUCUGGCGAAAUCUCCCUCCUGAAGCAGCAGUUGAAGGACUCCCAGAUGGAGCUCAAUGCCAAGACAAGCGAGAUCCUUAGCCUGAAAGCCCAGCUGAAGGACGUGAGGGGGAAGAUAGAGGGACUGGAGAUGAAAACCCAGGACCUGGAAGGCUCCCUUCGCACCAAGGCCAUGGAGCUGGAGGUGUGCGAGAACGAGCUCCAGCGCAAGAGAAAUGAGUCGGAGCUGCUGAGGGAGAAGGUGAACCUGCUGGAGCAGGAGAUUAUGGAGCUCCGGACGGAGCUGACCAUCCUCAAGGAGCAGCGGAGCGAUGGGAGGGACGGGAUGGCCUCCGCCAGCCCGGCUGUGGGGAUGAUGGAGGAUGUCCAAGCCCUGCAGGGGGAAGUGGAUAAGCUGAAGGCAGAGCUGAAGGAGGAGAGAGACAAGAAUGAGCAGAUGACUUCCGGCUUCCAGCAUGAGCGACAGAUCUGGAAGGAGGAGAAGGAGAAGGUGAUCCACUACCAGAAGCAGCUGCAGCAGAGCUACCUGCACAUGUACAAAAGGAACCAGAACAUGGAGAAGAUGCUCCAGCAACUGGCUGCAGGGGGAGACGGCAGAGAGCCCAUCGACCUGGAUAUCCAUGGCACCGAUGUCCCCUACGAGGACAUCAUAGCCACAGAGAUCUAACGAGACCUGCUCUCUCUCUCCCCCCACCUCACAGCAGAGGGGAGGAGGGUCUCUUUCGGGCAAGGACUGAGCGGCACAGCCCCAUGGGUCUGUUCUUGCCGGACAGCCCAUGUACAGUUUGGAUGAGCCGUGUAUGUGUUAGCCAAGCUGGUUGCCCAGCCAGCUCAAGAGCCCCUGGUGUGGCACCGUGAUGGUGCCCCAAGCUGCCUGUCAUGUUGUGGAGGUGAAAAAAAGCGACUCCUGCUAAUGGUGACGUGCCGGCAUCCGCCCUUCGUGUCUGAUGCAUCCUCAGCAGGAUGCUGGUCUCCCACUUGUAGGGCUGAGAAACAGAGGUGGGGUGGGAUGGGGGGGAGGGUUGGGGAUUGGAACAGGAGUUUAGCAAAUGAUUCUGCAAUCAGGGAAUAAAGUGACACACUGACCAAAAUCUCCCAGGGGUACAGUAGGGGCCACUGGGUCACAGUGGCUAAGGAAACCAGCCCCUCCAGUGUGUAACAAACACAUUGGUCCAGCCCCUGGAAGGCGGCGGCCAGGGACACACUCCUCCUCCUGAGCGCCACGGGAAAUAAUGCCUCAUUUCAACCACUGAGCCUGGGCCCAAGGGCUAAGGAACACACUGAGCCAAUCAAAAAAAUCUAUGUAUCUUCCUCUAGGGGAUUCUGGUGUCUAGGAUUUGCAGGCUUUUAUUCCUCUGCAUCUAGAGUCCAGUGGAACCCGUCCAGACUCCAGUCCCUACAGGCCAAGGUGAUAUUUUCGCCAUGCCAGAGACUUGGAUUAGCAUCCCAGAUCUGCUUCUUCUCUCAUUAGGUUAACAUGACCUCAAGAAUGACCACCCCAACUAGAUAGUUCAGGACCAGGGACCAAAGGGAGCCCCAUCCAUUUCUCCUUGGCUAGCAGGAUGAUGGUGGGUAUGUUGGAGGAAGGGCUGGAAAUUAGAAGAUGCCUCACAGUCUCUGACAGGGACUAGGAUGAGGAUUGAUCCUGUGCCCUCAGGCAAAAAAGAAACAAGUUCUUAGAACUGCCAGUAGAAGGGGACCAAUCUCCAGGGAGCAUUAGCUGACAGUGCUUAUCAGUUCAGCUUUGUGCCGCCCCAAACUGCUUCAUGCCAACGACACCCGUGACUUCAACAAGCCUGGCUGUCUCGCCUCCAGAGCUGGUCAGAAAAUGCUGAAAGAGUCUUCACAAAAAAAUGUUGAACAUUUCAUAAUAAUUUUCAUCCUUCAGGUUUCCAAAAGGAACCUUUUUUCACCUAUUCUAAAGCUUUUGCAAAACGUUUUUAUUGCAAAUGUUCAGUUUUGAAAUUUCUGAGUUUAGAAAAUUUGCAGCAUUUCAGUUUUAGAACCCAGCCCCUGCCCUCUCCCUCCUUUUGUCAUUAAAAGGGGAAGGGGAGAAAAAGGAAAAACAACAAAAACUGAAAACACCAAAUCCACAAAUGUU